GGUGUCCUGAGUUCUAGUGCCAGCUCUGCCUUUUUUUGGCAAGUCAUUUGCAAUCUGAGCCUUCUGGGGUUUCAGGAAACAGGCCCCAGCUGGACAGUGUCCUUUCUUCCUUCCUUCUCUGAUUGGUCUGCAUUUGUGGUAGAUCAAGGAGAAGGAGGCAUCCCUGGGCCUGGGGCUCCAGCAGCAAGCCCUUCCCCUUUCCAGCCACAAGGCCAGGUGCCAGCCACAGAGAUCCUCAGAAAUGGUGGGCACAUGAGCUCUGUAUUGGCACUCCUGGCCAUGCCUGCAUUCUGGUGGCGCCUCCUGGUGACAGCCAUGCCUUCUUCCAAAAGAAUGGAGCUGUAAUGGUGGCAUUAAAGGCAGAGGCCAUGCUGAUGAGGGGGAGAGGAUGAGAGUCUCAGGAGGUGGUGGAGUGGCACCCUGAGGAGCCUCAUAGCAUCGUGAGAUUGCUGGGCAUCUAAUCUGCCUGGGCAAAAUGCUUUGCCUGACCAGUUCCCCCUGGGCCCCUUGGCCACCUGCCCGAUGCAGAGCAAGGUGGGCUUCUGCUGAGUAUACAUACACACACUCUCACUCCACAGUGCCACAAUCAUUAGCUAGCCUGUCCUUGCUGAGCCCACGGGCUCUUAACAGCAUGGAAACUGUGUGUGAACUAAACAUUUAUCCAACUAUAUGUUGGAUAAAUUAGUCUCAGGUGACCCUCGUCCACAUGCACAGUAGCAAACUGUGGGCCCUCAGCUGUACAUGGACACCGUCAUGAACAUCUGGGACAUGCCUGGGUGUACACAGGCCUGUUUUCCUGUCUCUGCCACACUGGCCUAAGUUCAAUGGCCCCUUGUGGCCUGGUGCCAGCUCUGCCCCUGCUUCUUUCCUCAAGUCUUCUUGGCUGGGUCCCAGCACCUGCCAGCCUCAGAACAUAGCCCUGCACCAAGCAGAGCAGGGCAGGGACAGGUGUGGGGAGGAGGAGGGUGGUGUGUAUGUCCCUCAGUAGGCAUGGUCUGUGGGAGACAGCCAGGAGCCUAUGACCUGGAGGGAGAUGGUCAUGUUCCAGAGGACCCUGGUCUGAGGGGUGCCACCUCCACCUGCCCUCAGGAGCCAGAUCUACAGGAGAAACAGGCUGCUCUCUAAAACUUCAAGGUGAGGGGAUCCUAGCCCUGCAGAGAGCUCUGUUUGGAUGCCCCUGGAACUGACCAGAGAGUUCCUCAUGUGGGUCAGUGUCCUUGCCAGGGCAAGGGGCCUGGGGCCAGGGGCCAGGGGUGUGAGGGAGCCUCCCAGGGCCUGGAAUGCUGAGCCAGGGCUCCUCAGAGGAAAGGAGGUAGAAAAGGGCCCAGGAAGUGACCCAGCGGGGCUACUUUCCUCUCCUGGACAGCUAAGGAAGUGCUGAUGACCUUCGGCCACCCGGGCUCUCUGAGCAGGCAGGGCCUACUGGCCACCACCAUCCUGGACAGGCACUUAGGGGAAUGCAUCUCCCCGACCUGCAGCCCCAGCACACACACACCAGGCUGGUCCCUGUCAAUUUAUGCUGAGAGCCAGGCCACAGCUGGGCAGAGGGGUGAUCAGUGACGGCUGGCGUCAUUGUCUGCAGGACAGCCCCUGGACAAGAGGUACAAGAUGCACUCAUCCUUGCCUUGCCCUAAGCACAUUUUGAACGCAGAGGAGUCCUCUCAUUGGGCCUCAGUUUCCCACCUAUAAAUGGGAAGAUGCCAACACUGCUGAAUGAGAUUGUGGUGGGACAGGCAGGAGAUGGGAGGAGAGCCCAGAUCAUCCCAGGCCCUUCCUAGGGGCCAAAGGGGGACCCUCCCUCUUGGGCCUGGCUUGUCCAGCAUGUUCCAUGUAGUAGGCAAGAGGGCUGGGCCCCGGGGUUCCUGACGGCUUGCUGGCCCCUGAGUCCAGAUUCUUGUUGUUUGUCAGCUGGCGCUAGACCUCUGGAUCGGAGAUGCCCAGGGCAUAGGGGGUCCACAGGGGUCUGCCUGAGGGCUUUGGUCCCUCCUGCUGUGGGGGGCUCAUCGGGCCCCUCCUGCUCUCUGCCUCUCCUCAUUUAUCUCUCCCUCUCUGCUUCUUGGCUCUGGGGUCCAGUCCUAUCUCCCCUGCUUCAGUUCGUCUUUUCUUAACCCUCUGCGUGCUCUCUGUGUCUCUGCUUGUCUCACUGUCUCUGGCUGGGGAUCUUUCUCUCACUUCCACUUUUGCUCUAUUUCCCUGCUACCGCCUUCCUUCUCUCCGUGUCUCUCUGUUCUCUUCCCCUCAGCCUGCAUCUCCCUGUCUCUCCCUUUCUCUCCUGCUCACUCACUCCCUCCUCUCCAGCACCUUCCAAUACCAGGUCAGGCUGCCGUUCCUUCCACCUUCCCAGUGACCUGCCAGUGUGACUGCCUUGAGAGGAAAGUCCGAAACUGUCUCCAUCGUCACCAACCUGCCCUCAAAUCGUUGGUUCAAACAGCUCCUGAGAAGUUCGGGAGCUCCGAGGGCGGGCGCUUUCUAAUAGCCCUGCCAUACUCACAGCACAGAGAGCAGCCAUAGACAACCUCUCUGCACCUACUGAUGCCUCCGUGCCUGCUUCCACUGAGGCUUGGCUGGUGGGACUGGGGGCUUUGGGACAUCCCUAACAUGGCAUGCAGUGGUCGUGCAGGAGGCCCUGACUGUGCCUCUGGAGCCCUGGGCUCAGAAACUCCAGGCCAGUCUCUCUCUGGGUUGGGAUGGGGAUGUCAGGCCAGCAGGAUCAUGGUGCCUGCCUCCAGGGAGGGCAGCGUCCACCGACCGAGUCCAGCCUACCGACUCCACCCACUCGAGUUCCUGGCUCUACCCUCAGGAACCCCCUGAGCUUUGCACACAGGGUGGAGACACCUGGAUUUCUCUGGUCCCCUGAGUGAGGCCAGUUUGGAGGAAUUUCCCAAAGCCUGUUAGAGCAACGGCCGCCUCCUGCCUGCCUCCUUGGGCUGGGCAGGGCUGAGGGCGGAGGGAGAGAGGGAGGGGGGGAGAGGAGGAAGGAAAAAGUUGGCAGGCCGACAGCAGAGCCGAGUCUGCAUCCAUCCAGAGGAGGCCCGUGCGGUGUGGGGCGGGCCAGGAGUGAAGAGAGGCCUUCCUCCCUUUGUGCUCCCCCCGCCCCCCCGCCCCUAUAAAUAGGCCCAGCCCAGGCUGUGGCUCAGCUCUCAGAGGGAGUUGAGCACCCAGCAGCGGUCUCAGGCCAAAGCCCCCUGCCAGCAUGGCCAGCGAGUUCAAGAAGAAGCUCUUCUGGAGGGCAGUAGUGGCUGAGUUCCUGGCCAUGACCCUCUUUAUCUUCAUCAGCAUCGGUUCUGCCCUGGGCUUCAAAUACCCAGUGGGGAACAACCAGACGGCAGUCCAGGACAAUGUGAAGGUGUCGCUGGCCUUCGGACUGAGCAUCGCCACAUUGGCGCAGAGCGUGGGCCACAUCAGCGGUGCCCACCUCAACCCAGCCGUCACGCUGGGGCUGCUGCUCAGCUGCCAGAUCAGCAUUCUCCGUGCCCUCAUGUACAUCAUCGCCCAGUGCGUGGGGGCCAUCGUCGCCACCGCCAUCCUCUCCGGCAUCACCUCCUCCUUGCCUGGGAACUCGCUUGGCCGCAAUGACCUGGCUGAUGGCGUGAACUCAGGCCAGGGCCUGGGUAUCGAGAUCAUCGGGACCCUGCAGCUGGUGCUGUGCGUCCUGGCCACUACUGACCGGAGGCGCCGCGACCUUGGUGGCUCAGCCCCCCUCGCCAUCGGCCUCUCUGUAGCCCUCGGACACCUCCUGGCUAUUGACUACACUGGCUGUGGGAUUAACCCUGCUCGGUCCUUCGGCUCUGCGGUGAUCACACACAACUUCAGCAACCACUGGAUUUUCUGGGUGGGGCCGUUUAUCGGGGGAGCCCUGGCUGUCCUCAUCUAUGACUUCAUCCUGGCCCCGCGCAGCAGUGACCUCACAGAGCGCGUGAAGGUGUGGACCAGCGGCCAGGUGGAGGAGUAUGACCUGGAUGCUGACGACAUCAACUCCAGGGUGGAAAUGAAGCCCAAAUAGAAGGGGUCUAGCCUGGGCAUCCACGUAGAGGGCAGGGGCAGGGGCAGGGGCGGGCGGAGGGAGGGGAGGGGUGCAAUCCAUAUUGUAGACACUCUGACAAGCUGGCCAAACUCUCUUCCCCAAGAUCUGCCAGACCUGCACGGUCAAGCCUCAUUUGGGGGUGUUUCUAUCACUUUCUUUCUCUUUCUCUGUUUUGUGGCCUCAGAGCUUCCUGGGGACCAAGAUUUACCAAUUCACCCACUCCCCUGAAGUUGUGGAGAAAGUGAAAGAGAGUGACCCACCUGCUAGUCGCCCCCUCAGAGUGGGAUGGGAGGUGUGCCAGAAAGUCCCCCCUCGUUCCAAAGUUGCUCAUCGAUCCACCUGCGCAGGUGCCUGGGAUUCUACUGUAAUUGCUUUGUGCCUUUGGACACAGCCCUCCUUCUCCUAACCUGCACCUUGCUCCCAAUGGUGCUUGGAGAGGGAAGAGAUCCCAGGAGGUGCAGGGGAGGGGCAAGCUUUGUUCCUUCGGUUCUGCUUGCUCCCAGGCCCCCGCCCGCUCAGACUUACUGCCUGACCUUGGAAUGAUCCCUAUCUCAGGGCCUCAGCGACCUCCUUCUGCAGAGUGGCAGGGACAGGGAGAGCUACACAGACCUGCAGCCCCGAGUGCAGACACAGCACAGGUACAGAAAACGUGGUCUAGACCAGGGCUGCUCCUUCCACUCGCCAGGGGCAUGGCUCUCGCCACAGGCCUCUGUGUACAUGUGUGCAGAGCAGACAGACUACAAAGAGAUGGACAGACAGCCAGGUCGUUGGAACUUUCUCUUCCCUGUGGAGGGUGUACCCAAGACAGGGCCUGCUGUUGCGGAAUGAAGCCAUUUAGAGGGUGAAGGAGAAAUACCCAUGUUACUUCUCUGAGUUUGAGUUGCUUUUUCCAUCUAUCACUGCAUUCUCUUGCUCAUUCUUUCAGUUCUCUACUCCCUCUUGACGGUGUAGACACUGGUCACCAUUAUGCUGGUAUAUGUCUAUCAAAGAGCACUUGAGCUAGCUGAAGCCCAAAGCCUGAGGACAGAAUCACCCUGACGCAGGUCAGCCCAUGGAGGCUGGGCAUGGCCCUCCUGGGGCUCGGGCGGGGGGGCGGUUUCAAGCCCUCAGCUGGUUCUGAGUGGAUGGAGCAAGUCCUGCUCUUGUCCACAAGCUCCUAGUUGGAGACAUUUGAGCAGCUGAGUAACUGGCACAGCUUUACUGUGUGACCCCUGGCCACAGCCUUCCUUCCGCGUUGACCUGGAGGGGAGAGGUCAGCCUUGACCUGCUGAGGCAGCUACAGCUGCAGCCCAAGGACAGUUCAGAGAUCAGAAUCAGCUUUGAAGGCUGAAUUCUUCCACUCAUCUAUCUGCAUAAGUCCAUUCAAUUCCACCAGGGCCAGAGCAGCUCCACCACUGUGCACUUAGCCGUGAUGGCCACAGAAACAAAGAGACACAAUUAUGCAGGAAUUUCGAAGCAGAGGGACAACCAGGAGGCCCUUAGCUGUCACCAGCACAUCACAUCCACACACUCUCUUCUCCAUUCCCUGGCAGGAACUUCUAGCCCAUUUAACAGAUAACAGAUAAAGAAACUGAGGCCCUCCGCUUCAGCUAGAUAAUGAUUUAGCCAUGCCUAGCAACCAAGGCCCUGUCUGUGGCUACAUCCUGGACCAUGAGGCCGAUUCCUUUCAUUUCCAGCUUCUCAGUUUCUGCCUGGGCAAUGGCCAGGGGCCAGGAGUGGGGAGGGUGGUGAUGGAGGCAGAGGGGCACACCCACCCCCAGCCUGGUUCUAUGCUGCUGCGCACCAGGGUCCUCUGUCUGCCUGCUCUGCAUAAUUGUCUCUUUGGAGUUGGAAUUUCAUUGUAUGUUAAGAAAAUAAAGGAAAAUGACUUGUAAGGUC